AUGAUGCUGUCCAUGGUAAGUCGAAGUCGGAGUGUUAGUGAUACUACUACUAGCAAUACCGAUCCGAGCAGCUCAAGCUCAAACAGCAACAUGAGCUCAGGUACAGCAGUCGCACAGGCCAUUGUGAGCCUAGCUCACAGUGGAAGCAGUAAAUUGCAGGAGAGCGUCCACGAUACGUACAAUCCGUCAAUUUUACAACCACGAGACGAUGAGGGAGGAGAUACAUGUCAGUCAAGGCAUCACCAGCAGAUUAGCAGCACCGCGAAUGAUGCUGCUGCGGUACUCACUUCGGUGUCUCGUGUUGAGAUGCUCUCUGCGACAGUGACAACUCUCAAGAAACGAUCAACAAAGUCCAAAUGCACGCCGGGUCUGCGUAGUGGAAAGUGGACCCCUGAGGAGGAAGCGUUCACGAAUAUGAUCAUCCACUACUUCAAACGUGGGCUAUUGGACGUCGAGGACGGCACUUCGCUGCGGUGGUAUCUUGCCAAGCGCCUGAACUGCGAGGCCAUGCGCGUGACGAAAAAGCUCAAGGGAAAUAGCUCCAUUGGCAAGCAGAUAUUCCGUUCCGUAGAAAACAACACCGCCAACCGCCAAGCCAUCCGACGCGCCCGUGAAGAUUUGUCUGUUGUCGAGGCUCGCUUUCUACACUCGCUUAACGCUGGAGGUGUUGGUCCAGGUACGCAGCAUGUAACGUCCGCACCGUUACCAUCUUCUCUCGCUGUGUCGGUCCGUGGUCGCAAGAUCCUGCCGAACAUGAAGAUCACUGGUGGGUCGAGCCAGCCAACUUUGGCUCCCAUGCCCCAACCAAAGUCUGAAGAUGCAAGACUGCUGAUGCAUUUCUUUUCCGGAGCGCACGACACGAACUCCGACGAGGAACCGGAAGCAGAGAAGAAAGCGGAGCUAGGCAGCCUCAAUAUAGACCUGAGCGGAAAACUUGGCAAGAAGCGGCCGUUAUCAAGCGUAACGAACGCCAAUGCGGCUAAGACGCCUAAGACACUGGAAAAACAAGAUUCUGCUUGUUUGAAAGUGAAACGGCACACGAUCAAGACUGAUGACAUCAGGGAAUGA